AUGAAGAUCGUGAUCGCUUUUCUGGCAGGACUUGGCUUGGCCUCAGCAGCUCUGAAUGAUUCUUGCACGACCAAAUCUCAGCGGAAAGCAUGGCAUACUCUUACUGAUGAUGAGAAAUCCGCAUACAUUGACGCGGUGAAAUGCUUGCAAUCAGCCGCGCCAAAGCUGAACAUUGACGGCGCACAAAGCCGUUGGGAUGAAAUCCAGUACACCCACGUCGCUCAAACGGGGGUGAUCCACUCAGUGGGUGCAUUCCUUCCGUGGCAUCGCAUGUAUGUGAGAGCCCAUGAGUAUCUCCUGCAGAGCGAGUGUGGAUACACCGGCGGCCAACCUUACUGGAACGAAACACGCGACAUUGGCGCCAUCGCCAGUAGCACCAUCUGGGACACCGACACUGGCUUUGGGGGGAAUGGCACAGGCACGGAUUCUUGUGUCCAGGACGGGCCGUUUGCAAACCUCACUCUUCAUUUUGUGGCGAAUGCUGGACUGGAUGAUUAUUGCCUCAGCCGCGACUUCGAUGAAGAAACGUUGGAGGGCGCUUCGCAGACAAAUCUCGACACAUGUCUCGAUGCUGAAGACUUCGAGACCGUAUGGGACUGUCUUGAAGGCCCGCCACAUGCUGCUGGCCAUGGUGGCACCGGAGGAACUAUGGUGGACUUGUCCAGCAGCGCUGGAGAUCCUGUCUUCUUCCUUCAUCAUGCCUGGUUGGACAAGAUCUGGUGGGAGUGGCAGUCACAAAAUCUUUCGUACCGUCUGACGGAGAUUGGAGGCGACAAUGUGCCUCCAGACGAAUACUUUAACUUUACCGGCCUGAAUUACCCGAGCACAGCUAUCACGGACUACGAUGGUGACCCAGGCAACACAACCACAUUGAACCACAACCUGUGGAUGGCGGGUAUUGUCGACAACUACACGAUCAGGGAUGUAAUGGACAUGGACAACAAUCUCAACUGUGCUGAAUACGUUUGA